GUAAUAGUGGAAUUGCAAUACUUGGGUGACACAAUGGCUAUAAAUUACAUUCAAAGUAAAUAUUGAAACAGGAAAGAAGACAGAAUGGAAUUUGCUGGUAUUUUCUUUGGACCACUGGCUGCAACUUUCUUUAUUGCAGUCACUACACUUUUCCUGCUCAUAUGGCAUUCAAUUCGGAGUCACCAAUAUUGGAAGAAAAGAAAUGUACCCUACGCGAAGCCACUUCCUCUUCUUGGAAAUAUGCUGCAAAUCAUUUUCGAUCCCCAACAUUUAGUGGAAGAAAAAAGAUAUAAAGCUCUAGGACGUAUUUAUGGGCAUUAUGAAGGUAAUCGUCCUGCACUGUCAGUGGCUGAUCCAGAAAUUUUGCGUGACGUAUUCGUUAAAGAUUUUCCUCAGUUCUCUAAUCGAAGAACAUUUCUGUCGGGUGAGGAAGUGAUGGACAAGAUGGUAUCAAACCUGGAAGGGGAAGAGUGGAAGAGAGUUCGAACAAUCCUUACACCAACCUUUACAACUGGAAAACUGAAGAGGAUGAUAGGCAUUUUUAAGGAAUGUUCAAUGACAUUGGUUCAAAAUUUUAAGCUGUCUGCGGAGAAAAAAGAGCCCGUCAAUAUGAAGAAAUUGUAUGGAACGAUGGCCAUGGAUGUUAUUGCAAGUGCUGCCUUUUCAACAAAAAUUGAGUCACACAGCAAUCCAGAGAACAAAUUCGUUCAAAUGGCAAAGAAAGCUUUUGGAACAGACGUUUCAUGGAGAUUCGCUCUAUUUAUUCUUUCACCAUCCAUUAUGAGAUUUUUCAAAAUUUCACCUUUUGUGCCAUCAGUUGUGGACUUCUUUCAAAAUGCUACUACUUCUAUUAUUCAGGAAAGAAAACGUUUAGGACAGAACCGCAAUGACUUUCUUCAGUUGUUGAUAGACACUGCCAAUGAAGUGGCCAAACAAGAAGAAGGAAAUGAAAAGGAUGAAGAUUUGGCGAACAAUUAUGGUCAAGAAGUUGCCAGUCAAAAAGUUUAUCUUAAUAGUGUCACAAAAAAUUUGUCGAUGGAUGAGCUUGUGGCUCAGUGUGUGCUUUUCUUCAUGGCUGGUUAUGAUACCACAGCUUCCACACUUUCUUUUACCACUUACUUCUUAGCUUUGAAUCCAGACGUCCAAGAGAAGGCAAGACGUGAGAUACACCAAUGCCUGAAAGAAACCAAUGGAGAACUGACAUAUGAUGCUAUACAGAACAUGAAGUAUCUUGACAAUGUUAUAUCUGAGACAUUGCGUCAUUGCCCUCCAGCAUCGAGACUAGAAAGAAAGGCUGAGACAGAUUAUGAAUUGGGCAAUACUGGAAUAACACUGAAAAAAGGAAUGAUGGUUACUGUCCCUAUUUAUGCAAUGCACAAAGAUCCUCAAAAUUUUCCAGAUCCUGAAAAAUUUGAUCCGGAUAGGUUUACAGCGGAGGAGAGGGCCAAACGGAAUCCCUAUGUGUACAUGCCUUUUGGUGCUGGACCCAGGAACUGUGUCGGUAUGAGAUUUGCACUCUUGGAAGUCAAAGUUUGCCUCAUCCACGUUAUCACUCACUUUAACAUCAAAACUUGUCCCAAAACAACGAUACCUUUGAAGUUUUAUCCUGGAGUUGCCCUGCUGCAACCUAAAGACAUCUUCCUUCAAAUGGAACCAAGAAGUGACUCUCCAAUCAAUUAAUUCUGCAGAACAUAUUUAAGAAAAAUUUGUAUCCACAGUUUGUCAAAAAAAAACAUUUCAUGUUAAAUCUAUUUCUAUCAAUAAACUUGUAAAGCAUCACUUUGA